GGCAGCAGCAGCGGCAUGGCGCAGGCGUGGGGGGCCAUGACCCCUGCCUGCCUCCUUAUCCUCUUCGUGGUGUCCCUGCAAGCCUGGGCUGUCGGGGCUGCUCCGUGGCAAGCGCGGGGAUUAGCUGUGCCUGUAGCCGAUGGCCACCCGACUGCUCAGCCGGAUCUUGUCCGGGAGCCUCAGGGCAACCCCACAGACGUGGCUGGACGCAAUGGAUAUCCAGCUUCCCAGUCGGGUUCCAGGGCUGACGCGCAGAGAGAUCGCACAGAUGUGGGUACAGGGAGGGCUUUUCCAGCUUCUCGGCUAGGUCCUGCGCUGGAGCUCACCUGGCAUCCCAGGGGUCCUCAAAGAGCAAAGUAUAAAGCUAAAGCUGAAAUAGGAAAAUCUUCCCAGUGGUCACCAGAAGUCCUAAAGGAAAUCCUGGAGGAAUUGGACAAAGCAGCACGUGAGAUGGACCGUGAGACUGUGGAGACGGAGGCGUUUCAGGAAGGAGAUAGUCACACAGUGCCAGUCUCUGACGAAAAAACAGGGGCAAUUCAAUCAACAGGCGUGCCAGUGGCAGUGCUGUCCAGCCCUGGAGAAGGCCACCACGCCAGGAGAUAUGAAUUUUCUCCAAAGAACGCAGGUGUGGAUGGCAAGAGAAACACAAAUGCUAUGGCUCCUCAAGAUUUCCGGUACUACUGCAUAGAAGGCGCCGUGGCGGUCGUGGGCUCUGUGCUGUUUGGGAUGAUAUUGUGUUGUGUGAUCUGUCUGUGGAGGAAGAGACAACGGCGCCUCUCCGCAGCUUCGUGAGCCCGGCCUGACACCAGCAGCUGCUCCUCGGGCCUGGACAGCCCGAGCAGCUGCCCCAGCACCCCGGAGAGCUGGACCCGACAGCAAGAGCCAUCACCUGUGCCUGGAAAACCAGCCCGCCUGCCACAGAGCACCAGGGAACGGGCCUCCACCAGCCCGGACAGCCGCCCGGCCCGCCCGCCUCCACCCCGGCCCCCAUGGCUGUCCAACUCAGCCAGCCGGGUGUUGCGGGACCAGCCCUGCGACCUCGAGCCCCCAGAGGAGUCGAAGCCACCCGCCCGCGC